AUGGCCAUGAUGCUCCUGCUACUGAUGCUGUUGGUAGCCAAGACCUCUAACAAGGGCGGACGACGGCAUUGCGACAUGGCUGGCGACUUUGCUUCCCGCCAUCAUCGCGCAGGCGUCUGCGUACACAAGGUUCAUCACUCCAACCACCUCGUCAUGUGCAGGACCCACCUUCCGAUCCUUAUAUCGACCCACGCACUGGGGAACCUUAUGUUCAAGACCGUCUCCCACCUCUACCGCGGUACUUUUGUCGCCCGAGCAUUCUUCCGCCAGUUCGCGCGUAAGGAUCUAGUCUGCCGCUGCAGGGCCGUCACGACUACCUACUUGGGCACUGAUGCUUCCGUUGCAUCGCGAGCGGCCCGAAUGCUCCCGGUGACCGCUUUUUAG